GUUCAUCCUGAUGGGUCAUCUGGCAGAUGUCACGUCCAAGAUGGCCGCCUGCAUUGUACGGAGGCGUGCGACACGGAUGCGGUUUGCGCUUCUGAAUUCGGCGGCAAGAUCGUCCUCACGGGCCGAGUUCUGGAUUUUGGCUGUCUUGACUUCUUCGGCAUAACGAAAGUUGAACUGUUGGCUCCGACUCGCUGCGAGGGGGUUUUUCGUGCUUCGUUGGUCGAUCCGGUGGACCUUUGCAUGACCGGGCAGAUUACGACGGAGUUACCAUCUUCUUCAUCACUUCCCACGCAUGCUCCGAGUUCGUCGACGAUGGUUCCCGUUGCAUCGACGGAGCCGGUGACUUCAACGACGGCGGCUUCUCUCACUUCUUUUACAACGGAGGCGACAUCUGUCGUCACUUCUGGGGACACCGUGGUCACACAGGGCCCUAUUACAGCUUCGUCUGUUGGAGUUCGUAUGUUGACGACGUUCAUGACUGAAAUGACAAAACAGACUACGCCUGCUCCUAUGACGACCAAGCCUUCCAUCAUAGUUUCGGUGUUAAAAAAUCUUCCGGAAACCCGAAUUCACUCUGGGGAUCAUGCGAACAUCACUUUAACGGUAGUGGAAGGAAAAGCGGUCUUGGGCGCGGAGUUUGCUACCGAAGUAUUCUCUAAUUGGGCCGUUGGGCUGAUUAGUGGUCUUGGCGUGACGGUUUUUGGUUUGGCUGCUGGGUGGAUGGCCUGGUGUUUGAGAAAA